AUGGAAGAGAAACCACCGUUUUUAUUUGAUCACAUUACCAUCGAGACCUCAAGGAAUGUAAUUAAAGAUCAAAAUCUAGAUUCAGAUGAAGCGACACUUGCUUUUCCUGGAGCGGUUUUACAUACUAAUGCAGAUUUGAUCAGGUAACAUGUUUUAUGCGUGAUUAACAAUUUUUUUAGAGGGCAUGGAACUUAUACAGAUGAUAACGGAGGAAUCGUCUCUUCGGUAGCUGGUGUUACCCACAGAGUUAACAAAUUACUUCGCGUGAGAACACUAAAAUCUCGGUAUGUUUUAGCACGAGUGCAACGGAUUGGUGAAGCUUCGGCUAAGACGAUAAUUUUAGAUAUAAUGGGGAAGUUGGAGAUGUUGUUGUUGGCCGUAUUGUGGAGGUACAAUCGUCCAGAUGGAUAGUAGACAUCAACUCCACUCAAUAUGCAGUGUUAUUAUUAUCUAGCGUGAAUUUACCAGGAGGUGAAUUAAGGAGGAAAUCGUCCGAGGAUCAACUUCUGAUGACCGAUUAUUUAACUGUCGGAGAUCUUGUCAGUGUAGGUCAUUUUUCUUUGGAAUUCUGAAAGUAUGUUUAGGCUGAAGUUCAACGAACAUAUUCUCAAGGUUUUGUUGGUCUCCACACCCGAUCAAUGAAGUAUGGUAAACUCGGACAAGGAGUGCUUGUUCAUGUUCCUUAUUACCUAAUCAAACGAAGAAAGUCUCAUUUCUUCAACCUUCCAAUGGGCGCUUCGCUUGUCUUGGGGUGUAAUGGAACUGUUUGGAUUUCGACUGUCCGUUCAAUGGAAGAAACGGAGCAAGAAGGAGGUGGAUACAUUCAUCAUACCGAGGUUUGUUCUAUUUUAAAUGAAAAGGUUUUAAAAGUUCGUAGUUUAUUGUAUUAAAAAAGGGGGUAAAAAUUUGCAUAUCUAUUGAGGUAUUUGGUCCUGAGGUUUGAAUCCGGCUUCUCUCUUCCCGUAGACAUAGUAAGCGGGAUAACCGUAGUAUCCGUAGUAUCCCGGCCAUCCAUAAAGCCAUUGAGCUGAGAUGUUCUCUACGCAGAUUGUGAGGAGGAGGGCAAUGCAGAAGAAAAUAACAACACGGCUCAUUUCUGGACUUUAAUUUGGAUUGCUGUAGCAGAAUUUGGGGAAACUAUUGAGUCUGAAGCUGUGUUCGCUUUAAAUAUUUCCGGAAUUUGUUCUGGAACUCAGAUAGAUUUGGCCAACGGAUUAAAUUCCCGUAUUGCGUCAAUUUAAUUCCGUCAAACUCUUCUUCGAUGUUUGCUGGUUUUCUUAUUGUCAUUUGUUCCUCGGGUUAUCUAUUGUUUUAUUUUAAAUUCUUUCUGUAGGUAAACAAAAAUAAUUUGUCGAACAUGGCAGCGCCUCAAAAAAUCUUUCCUGGAUAGACCCACAAGGUACAAAUGGAGUUUAUAAGGAUGAUAGAAUGACGUCAUCUUCAGGCGACAAGUCUUACAAUGCGGGGGAGGAUCCGGUGGAGUUUUUUUCUAAUUUUCUAGGCGAGGCAUUCCGAAUACCACAAAAUACCUCCCUUUAUUACCGAAAAUAACCUUGUUUUGGAGCGAGAGUGGCGCAUUACCUUCCCCCACUAUACUACAACUUUUUUUCGAUUUUUUUUUUCAUUUCGAACCCUUUGUGUUCUUAUCGUGUUAGGAAAAUACCAUUGUGGAGCGGUGACUCUGUGAGGAUUAAAGAUUUUUUAUUUUUGCUCCAAUUGCAUUUAAUGAUUUUCAUUAUUUUUUCUUUACCUUUACUAUGAUUUUUGAACGUUCCUUUUGAUCAGGUCUUGCUUUCUAUCGAAAAAAUAAUUAGUCACAUUGUCUGUUUAUCAAGUCGCAUCAAGAAUAUUUGAGAAAAUAGAAAACAAUUUUGAUACAAGACAACAACGAAUUCCGUUAGAGUCUUUAUUAUGAGUAAUAUGCAUUUUAAAAUCCGCAACCGAAUGAAUCAUUGUAAUUUCUGGUCGUUGGGUGAGAAUCCUGCUGCCCGCUUUCCAUAGGCUCCAUAGCCGUAGUAGGGAUUGCCGUAUGCCAAGGCAUUGUAGCCAUAGCCAAGACCGUACCCAUAAUAAGGAAGAAAUUGGGCCUCAGAAAUAGAGGCAAGCAUCAAGCACGCAAGAAACAACAAGAUGAGUUUGGAAUUCAUAGCGAAGAUACUCAGUGAUGUGUCUGCCGAUAUUGCCGAGCAUUUAUAAUACCUUUUGUUGUCACACCAUCUUAAUCAUUCCUGGGUUAUUUAUAUUCGGAGAGAUUUGUGACCUGCUUUAUAAACACGCCUAGGACUUGUUGUAUGCGUAAACGCGCAAACAAACGCGCCCAGGAGCUCUUGAGCUAAUUUAACUGCAUCAUAUUUUAAAUUAGAGUCACUAAAUGCCGUAUUCAUUUCAGAGUUGCGGGCCAGAAACGAGACAAGUGAUCGCUAGAUUGGCCAAUUGCGUGAAGAUAUUAGCCAAAGCCAUCAUUCCACUCUCAGAUACGACGAUCUUGUUGGCAUACGAAGCCUCCACUCCUCAUGAAGUUAGCUCUUUGAUAGAUCCAAAAACGGCGAUGCAAAUAUCAGAAGAAGUUAUUCAAGAAUGUAAACAGAAGGAAAUCGAAAUUUAAGAGUGCAUACUCGUCACAGUUAUUACCUUUGUUGUGUUACUUGUUAUAAACUGUUCCUAUUGUUUUCGUUUUUCUCUAUUCGUUAUUUGUCGUUUAUAUUUCUAGUUACAUAAUUGCACAAAAAAUUAUUAAAGAUGCCUGUAAGACAAAUUCAUGUAGCUACGGAUAGCUUUGAUUUGGCUAGAGGCUUGUCUGACCUACUUCGAACCGCGUUAAUUGAAUAUGAAGUUAGGGGAGAUGGAAAACCUUUUGUAAUCGGUUAUUCCGGAGGAUCCAUGCCCAAAACCUUAAUUCCAAUAUUGAGAGAUGUCAUCCCCAACGACAAACGUUCGUCAAUCCGACUUUUCCCAGUGGAUGAACGCCUUGUCUCUUUGGAAGACCCUGAGAAUAACACUAAAUAUUAUCUGGAUGGACUGAAGGAUGUGUUUUCGGAAGAUCAGUUUGCAGUUGUUGCCAAAACAGGAAAUGAAUCAGGUGUGUAAUCCAAACGUUAAAUUUCGAUUUUCCCAGGAGAAGAAGCUUGUAAUCAACUCAACCGAACAUUACAAGAAUGGAGUCAAUCCAGUGACAUCUAUCCGACCUUAGAUAUUCUUUUCUUAGGAAUGGGCCCAGAUGGUCAUACAUGCUCGUUGUUCCCGGGGCAUGACUUAUUGAAGGUAAGGUACACUCCGGUAUAAAUAUAUUAUUUCAGUCUAAUAAAUGGACUGACGUAAUCACCGACUCUCCUAAGCCUCCACCCAGACGAAUCACGGUGACCCUACCUCUCCUAAAUAAUGCCAGGCAUGUUGCCUUUAUUUCUACUGGAAAAGGAAAGGCCAAGGUGUUGAAGGAAAUUAUUGAUGAAGGCAGCAAAGAAUAUCCAGCAGGGCUAGUCUCUUUGAAUAGCGGCCAGCCGGUCCAUUACUUCCUCGAUGAAGAAGCUGCGCAUCUUCUCAAAUACAAGGGUAACCUGUAG